UUUUCAGUGGGUGCAUGUGUCAAAUUGAUCAGCUGCGAUUGCAUUAUUUAUACAGCUGUUAUUAUCAUAAAAUUUCAGAAAAAUUUCAUAUUUUGCGCAUAGAAUUUAUUACAUCUUAUCAAUGGACAAAAAUUCGGCUAAUUUAGAUGAACUUCUACCCAACCCAUCAGGAGAACGAUCGAUAGUUCUCUUCGGUCGUGAUUUGAGCCAGAUUCCCUGCUUCAGGAAUAGUUUCUUGUACGGUAUUAGUUUUGGAGUUCUGGGCGGUUUUGCCGCUUUCAUGAAAACUUCUCGACCUCAACUGUCGUCUCACAUCGGUUUCGGUACAUUCAUGGGUAGCACUCUGUGCUAUUUCGUCGCGUGCCGCUACAACUGGUCUAGGCAAAAUGAACACGUCGAUGAGCUACAGAAGUUAAUGCAGCAUCAAGCAAUGUACGAAGGAACCGAGAAGGAAAGGGAACUCGACCGGAAAUCGGAAGUUGCUUAGUUGAUUUUUGUGAUAAGUGUUAUAGUAUAUGAUAAUUAAAAUAAAUUUAUUAAAUAUUA